UCUAUUUUCUCUGCACUCACACAUUUUCCUCACUAUACUCUCCAUAUUCCACCCCUCCUUACUCUCCCUUUAACGCCAACUUCGAAUCCACAAAAAAAAAAAAAGGAGAAACGGAGAAAACUAAAAGAAUUAUGGAGGCGCCAGAAUUCUAUCAAGCAAGCAGCUACUGUUCUCAAUUUGCUCCCGAAAAACCAGCGGCCGGUGACCAUUUCAUUGUGGAGGACUUGUUCGAUUUUUCCAACGAGGAUGCCGUUAUAACUGAUGGCACAUUUGACUCUUCCGUUGCUGGCCAUUCCACCAAUUCCUCCACCGUUACGGCAGUCGAAAGCUGCAAUUCGUCGUCGUUUUCUGGUUGCGAACCGAAUUUAGCGGGUGAUAUUGGUUGCCGAGGUUUUACAGAUGGUCAGUUCGCUGGUGACCUUUGUGUGCCGUACGACGAUUUAGCUGAGCUCGAAUGGCUGUCGAAUUUCGUGGAGGAAUCAUUUUCAAGUGAUGACAUGCAGAAGCUCCAGCUGAUAUCCGGAAUGAAAACCCGACCUGACGAAUCAUCAGAGACCCGGGGGUUCCAACCCGUUCUUCCCAAUCAAAUCAAUAACGCCAUUGAUAACGGUGACGACAACCAUGGUAACAAUAACAACAACCCAAUUUUCCAUCCGGACAUGUCGGUGCCUGCCAAGGCCAGAAGCAAACGGUCUCGGGCUGCGCCAUGCAAUUGGGCCUCUCGUCUCCUUGUUCUCAGCCCAACAACUUCAUCUUCCGAACCCGAAAUUGUGAUCCCCGUUCAACUACCUCCCCCGAACAACGCUGGCAAAAAGCCCGUCAAAACGACGUCAUUGAAGAAAAAGGACGGUGGCGUCGCAAAUUCAGAUGGGAGAAAGUGCCUGCAUUGUGCUACAGAUAAGACGCCGCAAUGGAGAACUGGGCCCAUGGGCCCAAAAACAUUAUGCAAUGCUUGUGGAGUGAGGUAUAAAUCGGGGCGGCUUGUGCCCGAAUACCGACCCGCUGCGAGCCCGACAUUUGUGCUGACUAAGCAUUCAAAUUCUCACCGUAAGGUGCUUGAGCUUAGGCGACAGAAGGAGUUGUUAAGGGCCCAACAGCAACAUCAGCAACAAUUCAUGCAGCAUCAUCAUCAGAACAUGGUUUUUGAUUUAUCCAACGGUGAUGAUUAUUUGAUCCACCAACACGUCGGCCCUAAUUUCAGGCAGCUGAUCUAGUGGGUGCUAGAGUAGGGAACUUGAUCCCAGAGUUAAUUUAGUUACUGAAUUCAUUAGUGAAUUCCAUUUUUU